GUAAAGAAAUAUGGGAACCUCAUAUCUUUUUUGGGUGAAGCUGAAUAGAACCUCAUAUCUUUUUGGGUGUAUAAAUAUCGGAACCUCGUAUCUUUGUUUGGGUGAAGGUGAAUAGAACCUCAUUAUAAGAAAUGGAGAAUUUGACGAACAAAGCUCUUGAAGCUCCUCGAGAUUUUGAAAACUUCUCUGCACUCAAUUGUAUCGAUCUUUCAAGCCCAGACAUUCUUAACUCUGUUUCUUUACUCAAACAGAUGCAAGGAUAAGGAUGCUAAACCUCAGAAGUGGGAAUUUGUAGCACCAUUAAAAGGAGCAUUUAUAGUGAAUCUUGGUGACAUGCUAGAGCGCUGGAGCAACUGUAUUUUCAGGUCCACGUUGCAUCGAGUGCUGGGUAAUGGUCAGGAGAGAUAUUCUAUUGCAUACUUUGUGGAGCCUAAUCACGAUUGUCUUGUUGAAUGCUUGCCCACCUGCCAGUCGCAAGAGAACCCUCCCAAGUUUCCUCCUAUCAAAUGUGAAACUUACAUGCUCCAGCGGUACAAGGAUACUCAUGCUGCUCUCGAGUCAUACGAAAAAUGAUUCACCAAACUCUGUUGUCAAUAUUACUGGGAUUUUUGUUUCAAGUGUAGAACACAGAGGUUAGCUCCUUCCUGCUACAGUUUGUAUGGAAACAGGUUCUCUUAGUUGAAUAUUGGAGAAAUAUCAUGUAAUCUUUUUUUGGUUGCAAAUGUAAUGUUGAUAUAUAUGUAAAACAUAUAUGAGAAUAUGCGAAAUAUUUAUUAAAAUUUAAACUUUUUUUUAUAUAUUUUAUUUCUACA